CAGCGGCCGCGGGAGCGCGCGGGGCCGCCCCUCUGCGGCAGGCGGGCGGGCGCGGAGAGCGAGCGGGGACCGGCGGGCGGCGGCGCCGGGGAACAUGUGCAGGAUGUCCUUCAAGAAGGAAACUCCGCUUGCCAACGCUGCAUUCUGGGCAGCGAAGAGGGGAAACCUGGCGCUGCUGAAACUGCUGUUAAACAGUGGCCGUGUGGACGUGGACUGCAGAGACAGUCACGGCACCACGCUUCUCAUGGUUGCCUCCUAUGCUGGCCACAUAGACUGCGUGAGGGAGCUGGUUCUGCAGGGAGCAGACAUCAACCUCCAGAGAGAGUCAGGUACAACUGCCCUGUUCUUCGCUGCUCAGCAAGGCCACAAUGAUGUUGUGAGAUUUCUCUUUGGAUUUGGAGCAUCCACUGAAUGUCGGACCAAAGAUGGGGGCACUGCCCUGUUGGCUGCUAGUCAAUAUGGGCAUAUGCCAGUGGUGGAGACCUUGCUGAAACACGGAGCCAACAUCCACGACCAACUUUAUGAUGGAGCCACUGCCCUCUUCCUGGCUGCCCAAGGUGGUUACUUGGAUGUCAUUCGCCUACUGCUGUCUUCAGGAGCAAAAGUCAACCAGCCAAGGCAGGAUGGAACGGCGCCGCUGUGGAUCGCCUCCCAGAUGGGCCACAGCGAGGUGGUUCGUGUAAUGCUGCUGCGGGGAGCUGACCGCGACGCCGCUCGCAACGACGGAACGACGGCAUUGCUGAAAGCGGCCAACAAAGGGUAUAACGAUGUCAUUGAGGAACUGCUCAAAUUCUCACCUACUCUCGGGAUUUUAAAGAACGGGACAUCGGCUCUCCACGCAGCAGUGCUCAGUGGGAAUGCUAAGACAGUUGCCCUGCUCCUGGAAGCAGGGGCAGAUCCAGCCUUGAGAAACAAGGCCAAUGAGCUUCCAGCAGAACUAACCAAAAAUGAACGAAUACUGCACCUCCUGAGACAGAAAGAAGGACCUGGGAAGAAUGACCUUGGAGCUGUCUUAGAUAGAUAGGGACUUGGGCCACAGUAUCUAGAAAGAAAUGGUUCUUAACGAUGUUGGAAAUGAAGAAAGAAUGUCUGCCCCGUGGGUUUGCACAUUGUGCACUAAUCCAGGAAGGGCUCAAGGUCCACUUCCCUCUAUUACAGUGGGCUUCUCACACUGCCCUGUAACUUGGCCCCUGGGGACAUGGAUAGUCACAGAUUCCACAGAAACAUAUCUACAGCUAUGCUGACUCGAGUCCCUAAGUUCAACUCCAUGUUGGACAUGAUUUUGUGCUAAAAAAUGAAGCAAAAGUUUCAUUCUUUAAGAGUCAGAGACCUCCCUACAAUAAAGCAGUACCUGUUUACUUUUGUGUUUAAUGUAGCUAUGCUAAAAUACAAUGUGUUUAGUGUAGCUAUGCUAAAAUACAAUGUGUUUAAUGUAGCUAUGCUAAAAUACAAUGUAUUUAAUGUAGUUAUGCUAAAAUACAUGUUUAAUGUAGCUAUGCUAAAAUACAAUGUAUUUAGUGUAGCUAUGCUAAAAUGCAAUGUGUUUAAUGUAGCUAUGCUAAAAUCCAAUGCCUCCAUCAUAGUUUCAUUUGUCCAUUCACUGUAAAGUAUUUUCUACCACCAGAGUUGUGGUUAUUGUGAGCCAGUGUAUGCAUAAGCAUCUGUUAUUUAAGAUCCACUUCUGACAUUCCACUAUGUGCUAUUCAAAAAUAGGUCAUUAAUACAUAGAAAAGAUAAACUAUUUGUUAGUAAAACCUCAUCUUUUCCUGACAUGUAAAGUCACUGUCCCCUAGUCCACAUUGUCAGUGUAUAAGGAUACUAAUGGGAAGUUGAAAACCCCAACAGCUACAAACCACAAGUCUUUUUGAGCUUUGACUCUGCUUGUAUGGUCUAGAGUCCAAUUGCCAAGGCACACAUGAGGACACUAUACUGGGGAAUCUGGAGCUUCUUGCAGCACUGUCUCUGACACUCUGACUGUGAGCUCACUGGAUGAAAUAUGAUAUACAUGAGUACUGUUGCUGUUACUACUGGGACUAUCCAUAGCAAAUGCAGUUGUUAGUAUUUACCAGGUGUCCAUUUAUGCACGCUCAUGGGUGAAUUGGUCCCAGUACAGAACCACAAGUUUGCCAAAUGGUUUGAGGAGGAUCUAAAGUUGAUGCUCGAUGCACUUUCAAUGGUGUCUAACUGCCUCUGUCGGUGCCUAACUGCAUAUACAGAAAUCAAGCUUCCUUCUAUAAUGCACCAUAUGAAACACUAAUAGUGCAUCUCACAUUUAAACACAUAUCCACACUCCAGCUCACACUAUGCAUGCCCCAGGUUCCACCAGCAGUCCUAUUAAGAUGGAGGGGAAACUAAUCCUAAGGAAGGUUUUGCUUAACUAAAUGCAAUGGUAUUAGAAGUACUACCUUUAAGUCUGCAAAUACCAGAGUGGAACUUUUGAAAUCACAAGAUGAUCUCUUGGCCUGGAGACAUGGCUCAGCGGUUAAGAACACUGACUGCUCUUCCAAAGGUCCUGAGUUCAAAUCCCAGCAAUCACCUGAUGGCUCACAACCAUCUGUAAUUAGAUCUGACACCUUCUUCUGGUGUGUUGGAAGACAGCUACAGUGUACUUAGAUAUAAUAAUAAUAAAUCUUUUGUUUGUUUUUUAA